AUGAAUAUUCAAGAUGCAAAGAAUGCUAAUCUACAUCUCAAACACAUACUUGAAUGGUUGACAGUGAAAUGGAGUGCCAAGCUUGAUGAUUCGCGAAACAAAAUGCAUGAAAUGGAUGUCCUUAACUCUCUACAACCCCAUUUGAAUCUAAAAAAACUUAGCAUUAUGGAAUAUGGUGGACUAAAAUUACCAUGUUGGAUAGGGGAUUCCUCAUUUUGUAAAAUGGUGGAUGUAACGCUCAUUAAUUGUAGAAAAUGCAUAUCGCUACCAUGCCUUGGACAAUUACCAUUGCUCAAAAACUUACGGAUUGAAGGAAUGGAAGAAGUGAAAAAAGUGGGUGUUGAGUUCCUUGGGGGGCCUUCUCUUUCCAUCAAAGCUUUCCCAUCCUUGGAGUCUUUAUCUUUUGUGAAUAUGCCAAAGUGGGUGAAUUGGGAGCACAGUUCUUCAUUAGAGUCGUAUCCUCAUGUUCAACAACUAACAAUUCGGAAUUGUCCUCAAUUGAUCAAGAAAUUACCCACUCCUCUACCUUCCUUAAUAAAGCUUAAUAUUUGGAAAUGCCCACAGUUGGGAAUUCCACUUCCAAGUCUUCCAUCUCUUCGUAAAUUAGAUCUACAAGAAUGUAAUGACUUGGUGGUGAGAAGUGGGAUUGACCCCAUCUCACUCACCCGCUUUACAAUUUAUGGAAUUUCAGGGUUCAACAGAUUACAUCAAGGGCUCAUGGCCUUCUUACCAGCACUUGAAGUCCUGAGAAUUUCAGAAUGUGGUGAACUGACAUAUUUGUCGGAUGGAUCAAAAAACUUAUUGGAGAUUAUGGAUUGUCCACAACUUGUAUCCUUGGAAGAUGAUGAAGAACAAGGGCUGCCUCACAGUCUUCAGUAUCUGGAAAUAGGGAAGUGUGAUAACCUGGAGAAGCUUCCUAAUGGAUUGCAGAACCUAACAUCUCUUGAAGAGUUAAGCAUCUGGGCUUGUCCAAAGCUGGUAUCAUUUCCAAAAAUAGAUUUCCUCUCAAUGCUUAGGCGGCUUAUCAUCAGAGAUUGUGAAGACCUAAAGUCUCUUCCUGAUGGGAUGAUGAGGAAUUGUAACAAGAAUAGCAGCUUGUGUCUCCUAGAAUAUUUAGAGAUCAGCUUCUGUCCAUCUCUCCGAUGUUUUCCAGAAGGAGAGUUACCAACUACUCUUAAGGAACUGCAUAUAUGUUACUGCAAAAACCUCGAGUCUCUACCAGAUGGAGUGAUGAAACAUGAUUCCAGCCCCCAGCACAAUACUAGUGGCCUUCAAGUCUUGCAAAUCUGGAGAUGUUCAUCUCUCAAGUCAUUCCCGAGAGGUUGCUUCCCUCCCACCCUGAAGCUACUUCAGAUUUGGAGUUGCAGCCAACUGGAGUUGAUGAUAGAGAAGAUGUUUCACGAUGAUAAUUCACUUGAAUGUUUGGACGUCAAUGUGAAUUCAAACUUAAAAAGCUUACCAGACUGCCUCUACAACCUCAGAAGACUUCAGAUCAAAAGAUGCAUGAAUCUCAAGUCCCUGCCGCAUCAAAUGCGAAACCUGACUUCUCUUAUGUCUCUUGAGAUAGCUGACUGUGGGAAUAUCCAGACUUCCCUAUCUAAGUGGGGCCUUAGCAGACUCACCUCUCUUAAAUCAUUCUCCAUUGCUGGCAUAUUUCCUGAAGUGGUCUCCUUUUCUAAUGAUCCGGAUCCGUUUCUUCUUCCCUCAACUCUCACCUAUCUUUCCAUUGAAAGAUUCAAAAAUCUUGAAUCCCUUACCUCCCUGGCUCUCCACACACUCACCUCCCUUCAGCAUCUAUGGAUUUCAGGGUGUCCUAAGCUGCAGUCAUUUUUGUCAAGAGAAGGACUUUCUGACACAGUUUCACAGCUAUAUAUCAGAGAUUGUCCACUCCUAAGUCAAAGGUGCAUAAAGGAGAAAGGAGAAGAUUGGCCCAUGAUUUCCCACAUCCCAUAUGUUGAAAUAAACCGCAAGUUCAUCUUUGAGCAAUAAUAAGUCAAGUUGCAGAACUUAGAAGGAGAGACCAUUCAAUACUGACCAUCUUUGCAUUCAAUAAAGCAAUGGAUGGCAAGUGACAAGUCUGUCAAGUUAUGAAAUGCCAUGAUGGGAAAAUUUCAAAAGCUGUGUUAGGCCCGUUUAUCAGAUAAGUUGGUCUGCUGAUGGUCUAUGCUGAAGUUUACCCCCCACCCCCACACUGGAAGAUAUAUCUACAUCAGUUCUUUUUCCUGAUUCAAGUUUAUUCUCCUCUGCUACUCCCCCACCGGAAAUUAUCUGGUCUUCUGCAGGGAAUACGAUAGCUGCUCUUUUGGCAAGGUGCUAUGAUAUAAGCACAGCUUUAAGGAUGAGUGGGGAUGAUGCUACCAGGGAUUAAUUAAGGCUAAUUCUAAUUCAUCAUCUCUUCUGUUAGUUCUUGUUCACAUCUACUUCUCCAGUGGAGCUAAACAUCCAGACAUUCAUUCUCCUGCAAAGGAUGAAUCCUCAGAUGGGUGGUUUAAAUGGGUCAUCCCAACCCAUGGGCAAUUCAAUAUGGGUCUAAGCCCAUUACCCUAAAGCCCAACAAGGGUGUAAAUGAGAUUAUGACCAAGUUCAAAUGUACUUCAUUUUUACUAAGAUCUUUUUGUAUUAAAUGAACAUCUCGUGAAUCAAUCUUAGUCAAUCAUCACCAAUUCGCUCACCUA